AUGGCCUCCGUUCGCCAGGCCUGUCGACCAAGGCACCAGGUCCUAACGCUGAAAUGCUAUCCGCAAUACCAAAAGGGCGUGGUGGAAGUCAUUCCGAACCCGAGCGAGCUCUCAUAUCUGCUUUACUAUCUGAGCACGCGUCGCAGCAAGCUGACCAAGGUUGGGGCCUUUCUCACAAAACGAGUAUCCAAGGACGUUUGGAGACGCAGAUUAGGGAAUGUUCAAGUCGCGCUUCACAUCCUCACCGCGCUCAUUGAAAAAUGUCCGCGCGACCUGCCCAUCUACGCGCGCUUCGUCCUAACCGUUAUCGAAACCGUUUUACGAUCAAACGAUAUUUCCAUGGUCGAAGACUCUGUCGCGACAUUCGAGACCUUCUGUCAGCACCAAGAUAUCGCACUCAUCGCAGCGGAACAGACCCUCGCCCAACAAUACCGUGAAGUCGUGCGGUCAUACGCCAGCUUCGCAGAUCCAGCUUCUUCGACUUAUUCGCCUACUAAGGUCAGCCUCCCGGUUGCAAUUCGAUGGAGAAAUGCCGGUCUUCGCGCUAUCAAGGGUGUCGUCAGCUCGGAAAGCCUUGCCGCCGAUGGAGGAGCAUCUUUGCAGCUCAUUCUACCUGUUAUCCUGGAAAAUCUCUACUCAGAGAAAGAGGAUGUCUUGAUUCAACUGAAGCAGAUGCUUCAUGAUUCCGAGAAGGUUGAGAAUGAUGGUACUCGACCGCCCCGCCGAAUGAGUGUUGCAACUGUUCAUACGGUGGACACAGUCGAGGGUGAUCCUACAUCCGCGGCACAGUCAACCGCUGACGCCGAUAAAAAGGCAGAGAUGGAUGCUCGGCUGCUGGCGCUCCGCUGCCUCGAGAAAAUAAUCGUAUCAGGAAGCAACCGCGGCCAGAUUCGCCUGGCGGCAUCGGUCACUCUACAAUUCAUUGCCGGCAAACGAUUUCCACAGGCCACCCGGGGUGAAUCCAGCACUGAAAAGAACGUCGGCAACUGGGCUACUUCUCUCAUUGAACUAAUUGCAAACUGGUGCCCAGUUCAGGUGCGAUUUAUCAUUUUGGUGGCUGCAAUGGACAUCCUUCACGAUAUGAAGCCAACGGAGGAUGCCUUGGAUUCGUCUUUCACUAUUCUUUCCGUGGUAGAUUGGCUACUCAAAUCAUCGGUUAACAUGAUCGGGUUGAGUGUUAUGGACGUUCUGUUUGGCCUUAUCCGCUACAUUUCCGCUAUUCUAUCAACCACCAACCAAACGAGGGGUGCAAACCAAGAAAAGACCGAUGAAUAUCAGGGCGACGCGGGCGUGUCGAUCUCUCCUCAAAGGAGGAACCUUCUCACCCUGUUAGAGCACUGUAUUGGUGAUCUGGCAACUCACAUCUAUUAUGGUGAUCAAGUCGCAGACAUGAUCCGAGCGAUUCUGAAGCGCUUCAAGCCGUCUGCGAACAUUGAUAGUGCUGCGCAGUCUUCUCUGGCUACGGUUCACGAAACAGGUGUAUCGCCGACUGCUGAGACAACUCAAACAGGGGAAGUUACUGGCGAAAAGGCCCAAGCAGAGAGUUUCUCUCACGCUACUGCCAAGGUCACUGCGCUGCGUGCCGUCAAGGCCAUCCUUAUGGUUUCUACCUUGAGAGCACCAAGCACGUCGAGCGCCUCUGAAUCCAGGAACCAGGUGGGUAUUCACGUUUGGGAAGGGACACAAGGCCUUCUGCGGGACUCCGACCCGCACGUUCGCCGCGCGUAUGCCGAUGCUUUCCUAACCUGGCUCUCUCUGGAAACGAACAAGCACGAUCUUAAGGUACGAGUGGAGAUCCCGAAGUAUAUCAAGCCGACAUCAAAACGCGACACCGAGCAACCGGACAAGUUGAAUCGCCGUAGCACCUCAGCUCCGGGUAACCAACGAGAGAAGGUGGCCCUUGCUGCACAGUCCACUUUCCUUCGUUUGUUGCAUCUGGCUAUCUAUGAUGCUGCUCUCGAGAAUCCCACUGUCGAGUCUGAUAUCCUUGUCUUCCAUCUUCUCCUGACAAGCCUUGUUGAGAAUCUUGGAGUAAACGCGGCGCAAUACGGACUUCCCAUGGUACUAAAACUACAGGAAGACCUGUUCACCUCGGUCGACCUGGGCAGCUUUGCAGCCCGUGUCAACGUCGGCAGCCUGGUUCUUGGGUAUCUCUCGGCAGUGUCGGAGAAGUUCAACCUCCAAUCCACCCACGCUGGGGUCGAAAUCCGCAACGAGAUCGAGAAGAGACAAAGCAAGAGUCAAUAUUUCUCUAAGAUUAAAUUGCCCCCGACUACUCUAGAUGGUAUCGUCGUGGAUGAGAAAAUGCCUACCAACGAGGAUUCAGCGCCAUCAGUCACGCUGACGCCUUUCCGAAACGUCGAUGACCUUGUUAAUGGGAUUGACGAGGCAUACCGUCAAUCGAUUUCCUCCCCGCCACAGAGUCCCCCGACUUCCCCUCCCGCACGGGGUUUCAGCUUCCCGGUUCUCAACCACGCCUCAGUGGCAGCGCAAACUAAACCAGACAGCGGUCUCCCGUCGCCCGUCAAGGAGCAAAUGCUCUCGUCUUGGUCCCGUGAAUCCUGUCUCGCUGCUGUGGAGAAGGAGAGCAUCAAGACUCUAUCUAUCAGUGGCUCGCGCGGGGGUACCAUGGCUCGCGCAAGUCAGGGCAAUGGCGUCGCAAACGGUUCUCCUGCUGGCUCAGCUUCGAAUAAACACCGCCGCACCAGUGUUCCCGAAAUAUCGCGUACUUCAGAGCCUAGCUCCACCAGAGGAUCCCCCGUCCGUGUCACUGAACUGCGCCGAGUUUUAUCGGUGAACCACGACUCUCAGCCCCGAAAACUCAGCCCGCUGCGAGGUCAGCUCGAUGCCUCGAAUGAGAGUGUCGUUUCCUCUGGUAGCGAGAGCAUGGUUAGCGGGUCAUUCUCCGUCUCCGAGGUAGAUGGGGAAGGAUUCCAACAAGAUGGAGACCAAACUCCCGAAGAAGACGGCGUAGAAACGCCACGAGCAUCAGCGUCAGAAAUUGCUCUCUCGGGAGAGAAGCCUAUCAGAGAUAACAAUGAGCAGACUCUGAGCCGGGUGAACUCCGAUGAAGAUAUCCCGCCUGUUCCCCCCAUUCCUCCAACCCUGCAUAUCCCCGGUGGCUUUCCGAAUGAUUCGCAACGGUCAUUGAUCUCAAUUGAUCGCCCAUCCACCGCCCCCGAUGUCUCGCGGCAGUCCUCGGUCCAGAGCAAGUCAGGACCGAACUCGCGAAAUGCACACCUAAAUCGCAACAAAAGUCGAUCCAAUAACAACCUAGCUGCCGGCAUCUCAGAGGUGUUCCGCGAUGCCGAGACCAAUGGCACUGAUUCCCUGGACCACGCGCAGACAGACCACUUGAGACGUAUCUUAGACGGAUAUCUCUCACCAGAUGGCAGCAUGCUGACAAACGGAGAUCGUCCAGCAACCGCGGUCCCAGCCUCCAAGUCCCUGGUGGGCGGUGGCUACAACACCAGGCGGCAUGUCAGUGGCGGUGGCAUCGGACGACCCCCAUACUAA